AUGGAGACCGCAGCAAUCGUGGCCCAGACCCUGACCGUCCAAAGAGCAUUGAGCGUCCUGGCUACUUCGCUGGCUCUCACCGCGUACCUAUUUCCAAGACAAGCGGACGUCUUCGAUAAAGAAGAGUUCGACUUCAUCAUAGUAGGCGCCGGCUCGGCCGGGUGCGUUUUAGCCGACCGUCUCACUGAGGAUGGACACUUUUCCGUACUUCUCCUGGAAGCGGGAGGCGAUCCGCCUUUAGAGUCAUUUAUUCCGGCUCUCUUUCCCUACUUACCAGGAACGCGCUAUGACUUCAAUUACACAUCGGAGAAUGACUUCUUCACGUAUCAAACGCAUAGAAUUCGAGCAGUAAAUUUGACGGCGGGUCACGUCCUCGGCGGUGGCAGCAGUGUCAACUUUAUGGCCUACGUCCGCGGCUGUCCCGACGAUUACGAUCACUGGGCACAAUACCUCGAGGAUGCCACCUGGAGUUGGGAUCACGUUUUGCCCUACUUUAUCAGGAGUGAAAAAUUGAACAGCCCGGAGAUCCUAUCGAGUGCAAAUAGAAAAUAUCAUGGGACCCGAGGUUUUCUCGGUGUCACUAGAGAGAAAAGGCCCGAGAUUUAUAGUGACGGGGUACGCCAGUCGACAGCGUAUACAAACUUGGCGAACAAACGCCGUCCUAACUUGUUCGUUAGAAAACAUACAUUGGGGACUAAAAUUUUAAUCGAUGAUAAUAAUGUAGCGACGGGAGUAGAGUUUGUGACUCAGGACAAGAAAAAAGUGCAGGCGUUUGCGACCCGUGAGGUGGUUCUCUCUGCUGGAACUUUUAACUCACCGCGUCUGCUAAUGCUGUCCGGCGUAGGACCGCGCCGGCAUCUGGAAGCCCUGCGUAUUCCGGUUAAGAAGAACUUACCCGUCGGGUAUAAUUUCCACGACCACACCAUGUCAAUUAUAUCGAUUAAAAUUGAAGAAUCUCACGCUCCCCCCCCAUCACCCGACCCGGACGCGCUUCCGUUUCCCUUAUUCACGGGCUACGUCGCUCUCAAUAAGUCCGAACGCUGUCCAGACUAUCAAGCGCUCACUUACGUAGUCCCGAACGACUCGACGGGUCCCCUUCAGAUAUGCGCAUUCAUCAUCGGCUUCGACGACAUCAUCUGUCAGAACCUCCUGCUCGCUGGAAAAGGGCGAAAAACUUUAUUCGUGAACCUAAACUACUUACGUCCGAGGUCGAGAGGAAGAGUCACGCUCCGAAGCGUCGAUCCGUACGACGCCGUCCGCGUCGAACCGCGAACGUUUUCCGACCUCAGGGACCUGGAUGAAAUGGCGAAGUCUAUUGCGGAUUACGCUAGAGUAGUAAACACGACUUACCUCAGAAGCGUCGACGCAGAGUUCGUGGACCUUCCGCAUCCGAUGUGCAGUCACGUGAAGUACGGGAGCGCGGACUAUUGGCGCUGCUUUGCGCUCAGCACGAUGUCGACUAUGUGGCACUACGUGGGCACCUGCGCCAUGGGCUCAGUGGUGGACAGCAGGCUGCGAGUUGUCGGCGUGGGGAAGCUGCGCGUGGUCGACGCCAGCGUCAUGCCGCGCAUCGUGCGAGGCAAUAUAAACGCUCCGGUCGUCAUGAUCGCCGAAAAGGCGGCGGACUUUAUUAGAACGGAACACGAAUUUCGCUAA